AUGGCGGUACGGAGAGCUGGAGGAAAGGUUCCACAUGUCGGUAUUGUGGGCGCUGGAGUUGCCGGACUUCGCUGCGCCGAUAUUUUAUUGCAGCAUGGCGUCAAAGUCACGAUACUAGAAGGGAGAAAUCGCGUUGGUGGUAGACUCUGCCAAAGCGACGCUCUCGGUCACAAAGUCGAUCUUGGCCCGAACUGGAUACAUGGGACGGACAACAACCCUAUACUAGACUUGGCGAAUGAGACGAGUACACUAUCAAUUAACUGGGAUGGACGACAAUCGGUCUUCGACGAAUCGGGUAGGCAGAUGCCUGCAAAAGAGGCAGCCGAGAUUUCAGAGCUCGUGUGGGAAGUCAUCGAACAAGCUAUGAAAUACUCUGAAGACGAUUCUUCUUCUAUAUCACCCAAGGAAAGCCUCUACGACUUCUUCAAGAAAAAGGUACCAGAAUUGAUACCUCAGGAGAUGGACGGUGAUGAUUCGGUGGGAAAAAAAAGGCAAACCGUUCUAGACAUGUCGGAGAUGUGGGGAGCUUUUGUAGGCAGCCCGAUCGAGAAGCAAAGUCUGAAGUUCUUUUGGCUGGAGGAAUGCAUCGACGGAGAGAAUCUGUUUGUUGCGGAAACAUACCAUAAGGUCCUGGACCGCAUAGCAGAACCUGCAUUUAAGAGAGCGGAUGUCAAAUUUGGGCACAAGGUGCAGAAAAUUGUGUCAUCAGGAACAGAAGAAGAGCCGAGUGUUGAAGUUUUGAUCGAUGGGAAAGAAAGCUUAGGUUUCGAUGAGGUCGUCACGACCACUCCGCUCGGAUGGUUGAAGACACACGAAAGUGCUUUCGAGCCUGAGCUUCCUGAUGGGCUCAAGAAAGCAAUAAACUCAAUUGGCUAUGGACAUUUGGACAAAGUAUAUAUCACUUUCCCGACCGCUUUCUGGAACGAAUCAACAUCCAAUGACCUCACAACGUCCAAAUCCCACGACCAUUCAAUACCAAAUGUGACCGCUACGACAGCCCCAGUUCAUCAAUCCACUAAUGCAAAGGAUCCAACUAUCAAUCCAGCCCACUACCCAGGCUUCACCCACUGGACGAAACCUACCUACGCCAACCCUACAAAUCCGUCCCAAUGGGCCCAAGAAGCGAUGAACCUCGCCGCACUACCCUCUUCCACCGCGCAUCCCACUCUCCUUUUCUACACGUACGGACCCACAUCUCUUCACCUCGCAUCACUCCUGAAAGAUCACACGCCUCCCAUUGUGGAUCCCGACGAGGCCACCCGGACGCUCCUUACCGAAUUCUUCCAUCCUUACUUCUCACGCCUACCAAACUACUCCCCGACCGACCCAUCUCACCAACCGACCCGUAUACUUGCUACCACCUGGGCAAAUGACGAGCUCGCUGGGUAUGGUAGCUACUGUAAUUUCCAGGUCGGGUUGGAAGCUGGUGAUCGUGAUAUUGAAACUAUGCGGAGAGGCCUGCCUGGAAGAGGGCUCUGGUUUGCGGGUGAGCACACGGCGCCUUUCGUGGCAUUGGGAACGGUGACGGGGGCAUAUUGGGCGGGGGAGGGGGUUGCAAGGAGGAUCGUUAGGGCUUGGGGGCUGGAUGGGAGGGGUGGGCUGGGGAAUGGCCAUGCGAACGCGACUGCCUGA